AUGGUUGCCUCCUUCCUGGAUACAACUGAAGUUACAAACUUUGGAUCCGCCAUUUCUACCCAUGAAGUGCGCACUAUCAAUCAAGUAGUACCAUAUGCUGUACCUCAACCAGUUCACGUAACUAUUACCAAGAAUGUACCCAUACCGCAGCCUUAUGCUGUUGAAGUACCUAAACCAUAUGCUGUUCCAAUACCAGUGAAAGUCCCUGUCGAAGUUCCAAAGGCAGUACCUGUUAGCGUUCCUCAUCUAGUUCCCGUCCAUGUCAAAGAACCUGUACCUGUAGAGGAAAAGCAUCAUGUAGCAGUAUCUGUUCCUGUGCCAGUUCCAGUCGAAGUAAAAACGCCAGUUCAUGUUAGGGUACCAACACCACUUUUUGUCAAAGAACAACACAUUGUUCACACAUUUGAAGAUGAACCAACAUGGAAUUACUUUCAACCAGGAUUUUAAAUAUGUAAAUAAGAAAAUUUAAAAAAAUAAACUUUCCUUAAAAAAAAUGUUUGAUUUGAU